AUGGGUUCAUACAGUAUCGAGGAGUUGCAGUCUGCAGUUCGUUCUAUUGGUGGUGAAGUUUUUGUUUUAAAAGAACCAUCCCUUCAAGUGUAUACCGAUGAACAAAUGGAGGAUCCAAAUCAAUCUCCAUCUGUACGAGAUUUGCUUGAUUUACCGCCUGUUUGUUUUCAAGAAAUGUACAGCGAGAGAAGUGAUUCAAGUACGUUAUCAAUUUUCUGCAACAACGAAGAAGAAACAAUGGAAAGUGAUGAAAUUUUGGAUUUUCAAGAAAUGAUGGGCAGAUUGUCAAAGAUUUUAACAAUUACGGUUCCCAAUCAAAGAGAUACAGUCAGUGGACUUGAUCAGCAAACUUUAAGUGAAAAUUUAAAUGUACCAUCAACAAAUUUUGUUAGUGAGUUUGAACAACAAAUUUUAAAUGAACCGCCAACUGAUGUUGUUAUGGAAGAGUUAAUCGAAAAUCAAGACAAUAAUUUGAAUGGACCGCCAGACGUUUAUGGAGAAAAUUUAAACGAAGAGCAAAAUAAUAAUCCAAAUAAUCCGCCAAACACGAGUGGAGACGCAAACGUACAGCAGACUAGCAAUAACAAGUUUAAUAAUUCAUCAGUAGAUGGUGGUAUAGUCACUCGAUCUAGAAAAGGUAAAAAUUUUGAAUUGUUGAAAAGGCAAAUGAUUAAUGUUGCCAAUGAUGACGACAUCGAUGACGAAACUGAUGACGAGGAUGAUGAUGAAUUUAUGGUUGACAACAGUCAAGAUUCAUGUGACGAAGAAGUGGUUGGUAACAACGAUACAGAUGAUGAUGAUUACUCGUCUACUGAUGAUUCAAUUACUGAUUCUGAAUCUGAUUAUACCGAUGAUGAUUUUGCGUUUUUACUUGAAUCGGAUGAUGAUGGUGAUGGUGGUUCAACUGAAAUACGGACUCAGCAAUCAAAUCGAGAUUUAAGAAGUAUAAAUAGAUCAUCAGAGAAAAAGAUUGAAUCGUGUGUAACACUUUACAAUCAGCGACCUCUUUCAAAAUUUCCAAUAACUUUGCCGAAAAUCCACCGCAAAACAUAA